AUGAGUAUUCUUAAAAAUCCUGCUAUAAGAGACCGAAAAUCGAUAGAAUUGGAUGAAGAGUUCAACAACUUCAUGAAGAAAGUUGGCGAAGUAUCUAAUCUUGUGAAAGACAUGGCUAGUGGGGACAAAGUCAAGGCAGAGGCAGCUAAGGUUCUUGCUGACCAGUACUUAGAUGGGAAAGUUAUACUCGACGACGACGUCAAACUGAAAGUGAAACAAAACCGCACUGUGAUCAAUCAGAAGGCGUUCCAUAACCUCGGGAAAAAAGAUGAGGGUGAGAUGGAUAAAGAAUCAUGGAUGGCCGAAGUGAGCAAGGAUGCAGAAAAACGCUACCAAGAUCGGAAGGUGCGUCGCGAACGAGCUGAUACGUUGAAGACCCAAGCCAUCAAGGCAUUCCGCCGUGACGAAUAUGACAGAGCUCUUUCAUGCUACAACAAAGCCAUAGAACAAGUGCGCGAUGACCCCAUGUUGUACUGUGAUCGAGCACUCACUAAAAUUAAACUAGAAAAAUUCGACACGGUGUUCGGUGAUUGCGACUUAGCACUGCGCCUCAAUGAGAAUAGCUUCAGAGCGCGCCUCUAUCAAGCCAAAGCACACAAGGAGUUAGAGGAGUGGGACAAGCUGGAAGAGUGCAGGAAACAAUUGGACACCAUGUUUCCACAGCACGCGGAAUUGGUGCACGGGUUAUUGGACAAGGAAGAAGCUUACGACGAUGCAGCUGAAUCCGAAUAA